GUUGCAGUAUCGGGACGUCGGUUCACCUGUUGGGCCAGUGGGGCGAGACCAAGGUGUGAAUGCAGCGCUAACAACACUCCAUCACACCACACCACACACAACAGAGUAUGCCCGCCACCAUGAUGCACCUCAGAUCACUCACACACAGAGACAGACAGACAGACAGACCACACACACACACCUGGCCAGCCCUGCUGGCCGCCUGCCUGCUGACAACUGGGCACUCGUGUGUGUGUGUGUGUGUCAGGUCAUCAUGGACACGCUCAAGGGUCUGGGGCUGCACCAGGAGCUGUGACUGACGCCAACGAUACGAUCGUCCCACUGACUCUGUACCGUAGAACCCAUCUGGUAGCAUAUCAGCUAAGCUGGCGGGGGGCGGGAGGGCUCUGUAGGGUAGACUGAUUGGGUGCUGAGCGGUCGCUGUGCAGUGCAGUGCAAUGUUGUGUGUGGGUGGGUGGACUGACUGACUGACCCUUAAGUCCGUGUUAACAUG